CUCACUCGCAACGUAAAAAUAAAAGAGCGGGUCCCAAUGUCAUCGGAGCGACAGAGAGAAACCAGACCGUCCCUUCGUCGGGUGCUCAGUAAGCCUCGUACCACGGAUUCAUCGACAGGUAGAUGUGGCGGUCUUAGAAAAAAGACAACAACAAUAACAACGAGCGCUCCUCCUCCUCCUACUUCUACCCCACCCAUCCCUGUCGUGUCCCCUCGACCCAAGCAGGUGGCUCCUCCCGUCUCUCUCGCCAAGUGGCCUCUCUCGUGACACGCUCUCACAUAUAAACACUCCCCCGCACGGAGACACACACACCUGCCCGGCGGGCACACACAACACGGUGUGCUCUACAGAGUCAAUCGGUGGUCGGCGUGAAGAGGUGUACAGAACGGCGCGCGUGGAGAUAGAGGCACGGACCCGGUGCAAGUCGUGACCAGGGCCUCACUCUCUCUGUGUGUGGCUACUCCGCCUGCCCGCUCACCUGUGCAGGUUUCACCUGCUCGCGCUCAGGACAGCAUUGACAGGCGGGCUGCGAGCACAGUUCUGUGUGGUGUGCCUACAACGCGUGUGCGUGGUGUGGUGUGUUUUUGUCUUGUCCACGUGUGUGUGUGUGGGUGUGUACACGUGCGUGCGUGUACACGUGUGUGUGUGUGUGGUGUGUCUUGUCCACGUGAGUGUGUGCGUGGGUGCCUACACGUGUUUGUGGGUAGACACAUCACUGCAAGAAGCGAGGGAGCGGCUAUCGGGUUUCUACUGAAGGAGGGUCCUGCCACACUGGGAUGACAGUGUUUGGCUUGCCUAAGGACGUCUCAGUGCCCGGAGAAGAUCCAACGCGCAUACGAGGAGCCAGGCGACAUUAGCAUCACCAUCAUCGGCAUCAUCAGCAUCAUCAGCAUCAUCACCAUCAUCAGCAUCAUCGCCAUCAUCGGCAUCAUCGUCGUCAUCGGCCGCGAUGCUGAAGUCGGAGGGCGGCCACCCGUCUUUCCUGGAUCUGGGUGACGAGGUGGACGUGACCGGGCAGGGCAUGCGCCUCGCGUGGGACAUCAACGACCCCAAGAUGCCGCAGUGCAUCAAGCAGCCCGACGCGUUCAAGGAGUGGCCGGACGGCUACGCGCGCUUCGUGUACAGCUCCGAGGACAAACACGCACAGCGCCACCUCAGCGGCUGGGCCAUGCGCAACACCAACAACCACAACUGCGCCAUCCUCAAGAAGUCGUGCCUGGGCGUCGUGCUGUGCAGCCGAGGAUGCCUCCUGCCCUCGGGAGCCCGCCUCUUCCUGCGCCCGGCCAUCUGCGACAAGGCUCGACAGAAACAGCAGAAGAAGAUGUGCCCCAGCUGCCAGGGCCCUCUGGAGCUGGUGCCGUGCCGUGGCCACAGCGGGUACCCCGUCACCAACUUCUGGCGCCACGAGGGCAAGCUCGUGUUCUUCCAGGCCAAGGGGGUUCACGAUCACCCACGACCCGAGAGCAAGACAGAGGCGGAGGGGCGGCGCUGCGCCGCCAAGAAACGCAGCGCCGUGUCCACGCUGAGCGCGGGCGCAACGCAGCGGGGGAAGAGGAGCGCCAUCCACGCGCAGCUCAUCAAAUACCCGGGGUCGUCGAGCUACGCGAUGAUGCCGCCCUCCUUCUACCGCCCCGACGACGGCUUCUGCAGGGAGCCGAGCGCCUCGGCUCUCCCAUUCCAAGGAGCUUUCCUCUCCACGGACACCACCGAGCACUAUUCGUCGCACACGCCGGCGGGAUACGAGUUGCCCUACCCCGGCUACGGCAGGCUGACAUCGCCGCUCGCCACCCUGGGCCAGCACGGUGGGGGGCCCGCGCCGCCACCGACGCAGGGCGGCUACGCCAGGGGCGGACCCCGCUCGUGCGUCGACGUCUCCCGUCCGUUCAUCGCCGGCUACGAGCGAGCCGGAGCCGCCGCCGCUCCCGACUGCCUCCGCUCGGCGCGUGUCACCACCUCCUCCUCCUCCAGACCCGCGUCUGUGGCCUCCGCCUCGUCCGGUGGCCUCGGGCACGCGGACGACCCGGCGCUGUCCUACCACUGCAUGCAGGAGAGGCCCCGGCAGGUGCCCGACGGAAAGCCGCCGCCGCCGCAGUCGCAGCCCACGGUCGAGACCAUCAUCACCACCACGACCAAGGUGUCGUACCAGGCGUACAAGCUGCAGCAGGGGCAGCACGGCGCCUGCGCCGAGGAGGCGGCAGCGGCGGCGGGGACGGUGGUGGCGCCCGGCGGCGCGGCGCAGGGCUACGGCUACCCGCCCGUGGUGCAGCACGGCGGGUGGCCCGAGCUGGCGCUCUCCGAGGCCGGGCUGCCCGCCAGACUGGCGGCGCCCGCGUAUCUGCAGUCGCCGGCGGCGGCGGCGGCGGUGGGGACGGUGGGGACGGUGGGCGCGGGGAGAUCCGACGGGAUGGGCGACGGGAACGCGUCGUGCUGCGCGCCGCUCUACCACUCGCGCUACGACCUCUAGCGCGGGUGCCGCUGGCGGCGGUCACCGGGGGAGGUCGCCGAGGACGCGAGCGAGACUCGGUGGCCCGCGGGGCAGUAGUCGGUGGGAGCGCACCGAGGUGGACGUUGUCGCUACCCUCAUCCGUGCUGGCUGUCGAGCGAGAUCUUCCCCGGUGACCGACGCGCACGCGACGGCAAGUUGGCCCAACGUCCCAAAGCAGCGUCCUCGUGGGGGGAAGAAGAGAUUCCCGUGAUUAAUGUUACACCUCACAGCACGGCGUCAGCGUGACAUAGACUUGUGUCGUCGAAUUGACCGUUGCCGUGGGAUUAUUUAUCGUGUAAACGUUGUUUCCAUCAUCAAGCUGCGGGCGUGCCUCAUGCGGACUCGUUUUUUUAGAUAAAAUGCAAGAACUAACGACCCGUGAUCAUUUUCAGUUCCAGUUCCUCUCUGCAGACAUCGCGUGGUUAACCCAGAUGGUGGGCCACGGUCCAAUUUAUGAUGGAUGUGCACAGGCACUAAGUAGUCAGACUGACUGAAUAGGAAUAAAUCAUCCGGAUUCAGAAGAAAUCCAUUCCAUGUGAGACCAGCGACUGUUCGCGAAUCUCAGAGCGGGGUGAACAUUUUAUUGCCGACUGAAAUUCUUCGUCAUCGAAACAAGACCGACAAGAACGAUCAGGCCGCACCAUCUCGCGAUUUUCUCACGAGGGCAUUGGCUCGCAACGGAACCAAAGUGAUAGGAACUCACGUGAUUUGUCUGCAAGAACUAAGAGGAACCCCCCAUAUCGCCUUGUCCUUCUGCACAUGCCAUGGCCAGUCAAUACGUCCUCUAACUUCCCUUCUGUUUGUCUCCACUUGCGUUUGUAACUCGAGUUUGCGUCUGUUCAGAUCACAUCGACUCUCCCUUGAUCUUCACGACCGGCAUUUAUUCAUAAUACCCCCCCCCCCUCUCAACCAGCUCGCGUGCUCGCUCUAUCUGAAUAUUGCACCACCACGCAGCACGUGUGGCACGCUUUGAAAGAUGUCUACGUGGUGAAUGAUCGGGCAGCUGGUCAGAAUCGAACCAUAUCCCCUUUGUGCCGAUUGGCCCAGCAGUGAGCAUGCCCAGCAUGAGGUGAUUCAGCGGCCCUGGCAUUAAACACAACGUGUGUGUGCGCCGUGUGCCGUGCCGGCCUUCAUAGGUGCUCGCUAACAGCACUUGCCUGAACAGUCCGUGAAAGGCUACACGGGGUAUAUUUGUCUUUGUGUUUUUGCAUCGAACGGUGACGUAAUGGUUAUAGCACUCCACGAAGCAGCCAACGAAUUGAGUUUGAUUCCCGGCCACGGCCAACGCCAGUGAUGAGUAUCUGAAUCGGUCCUGGACCUCUCCUGGGUCGACUCAGCCUUAAAUGAGCACCUGGUGUGGUGUGUACAUAUUAGCACUUGGGGAGCCAAAGGCGGCCGGGCGUGGUGCUGGCCACCUAGCCCCUCGUGUGCCGUGCCAGUCUUCAUAAGUGCUGCUCGCUAACAGCACUUGCCCCAGGAGUAUGCUAAAGCUACAAGGGGGAUCUUUGUCUUUGCAUUGCUCUAUAUCUUAUUAUCAAUAUAAGAGGCUUUAAGUGUAACGUGGCAUGUGUUUGAUGGGUCUUUGCGAAUUGUUUUUUUUAAGCUUGUGCCUCCUAAUUGACUUGCAAAUGAAUGUCGCUUUUUUGCCGUUUUACACUGCAGGGCAUUAUCACUCCAGUAACGAUAUCCACAAGUGUGUGUGGCUCUGUCUCCAAAUCUCUUGAUCGUUUACCUAAAAGGAUAUCUCGGCCAAAUAUUGCUGCCUGGCUGAGCCAGUGGCAAAAAGGAAAGCUAUCAACAUUGAGACGCCAGUUUUCAUAAGAAUCAUGACUAAAUUCUGUAUGAUGCAUAACUGAUUUUUGGGUUAGGCCACGUAACGUUCUGUCCAAAAUAUGUGUCGUCAGACCCUCCGCCACCACAAUUUUCCUGACAAGUUAAUAGUCACGUGUACACGUACAUUUCUUUUUUUUUACCAAACUUGGUUGUGAGAAGUAUUCUUCAACGUAGCCGUGAGCUGAUACAAUUACAAAUGUCGCGUAAAAGAAUGAAAAUAACCACGCCUGCAACAGGUGAUAAGUUCAUGUGUUUGUGGCCGUGUCGGGUUCUAGAAAGUCUUGCAAGACACAUUCGGCGAGACCAUUAAAUAUGAAUCAUGUUGGCUGUGAAUACCUGCGUGUUAAGUUAAUAUUCAAUGUGUUUAGGCCACAACGUAUCACCUCCCCACGAGAGGACAUUGCACGUCAAAUGAGGUCAGGCAAAGGUAUUGCUGGGUUCUCCCUAUGGUGCCUUGCAGCGUAAAUGUAUUUAUACGAGCACUUAUUGUUAUUUAUUUUGAUAGCAAGACUUGGCCUGCACGUUUUUGACUGGAUAGUAUUUUUGUAGAGCAGUCUAGUCGUGAAAAAAAAACAUUACAAUUAUUGAGUAUGUGCUGUGUAUGUUGAAUUUCUUUCGCGCCAUGCCUACCCAACCAUGCUAAUCGGAGGUGUGUGGGGGGGGGGAUAGCAGACUAAACACAAAAAGCUGUUCUAACGAAUUUAGUCAUUUGCAAAUCAAAAUGAGAAUUAAAGGAGCAAUCAGAUGCUGAUGACGCCAUUACAGUAGUAACACGAUAAUAGAUGACACUACGGUCGAGUAUUUGAAAGUAUAAGGACGCAUUAAUGUGUAAUGUAUCGUUAACAUUAUUACGAAUUCACCAUUGAGGCUUAAACAGAAAUAAACUUGUCGUCGAGGCUUUAUGACUCGGGGUAGAACGGUUUCACCCUCCAGCUCCGGGCGAUUCACGGUUUCAAUUUGAUUCAAGAGUA